CUGUUGUGUUUGCUUUCAAACCAACGUAACUUGAAUUCCUCUUCAAACGGCACCUCCAAUGGGUGUUUGACAUUACUGACCGCACUUGAGUUCCGGAACUGACUAGAUGCCCCAAUUGUACUUCAAAUGAACAACUCAACAGAUGCGCGUGCGCUUUUGGGAGCCGAGACGUGCGAGAAAAACCUAAAAGAAACCUUAAAAAUCAAUCGUUUGCUAGUUGGCGCUGUGCCGUCAAUGUCACAUCUGUGGUUUCUUCAUUGGAUAUGGUCACUUCAGAACAGGCGACGGCGACACUCCUCUGUCGUCUCUUCUCAUUAUUCCAACAAGCCGCACGCUGCCUUUUGUUAAAUACAAGUCACAUGAUCCAGGGGGUAGUUCUGAUUCUUUAUCAUGAUCGCGACCGGCGACUGAGUAUGAACUGGCGUUUAGUUACGAACUCACUUCGGCUUGGCGUGGAGUAGUCAUUUCCAAGCCUCAGUAAAAACCCAUUGUUGUCGUUUCGGGAAGAAGAACGGAAUGAAACAACGUAGACUACGAGGAAUCGGCUCUAUGAACCUUGGUAAUGCGUGUGUUUUGCAUGUCUGCAGGGUCUGUUGAGAAAAUGCGUCCACUAGCCGACAAUGGUUUAUCUUUUGGGACACCGCAGGCGCCACGCAGAUAAGUUCCCUUCGCUACAAACGCAGAACCUGGGUCAAUACGAAGGCGAAGAAAGACAAAAAGGAUAACUUCCCCUUUCCAUUCACCUAUUGCUGCAAAAUAAUUAUGAGAGACGGACCGAAGGAAGGAUUGAACCCGCUUUCCGAUUCAAGUUGAAGGUAAAGCGGAGCGGUGCUGCCCAUGGCCCGCCUCAAGAUGAAGGUGCUGGGGGUGAUGAUGAUGGUGAACUUCUUCAUCUUCAUCCUGGUGGAGGUGUCGCGGAUCAGCGGCCAGGGCAAGGGCACCAACGCCAGGCCGCGCGUUCCCGACAAGCCCUUCUGGAAGAAGUCGGUGGUGAGCGAGGCGUACUGGAACCGCGAGCAGCAGAUGCUGGACUACGUCCACAACCCCAUCCUGGCCUCGGGGAACGGCUCGGCCCUCCAGGUCCUGGACGGGCUGAACGACACCCUGCACGCCAACGCCUGCGAGCCCAACCUCGGCGUCAUGACGCAGGUCAAGGACUACAACUCCCUGCCGGCGCGCUUCAAGGACUUCCUGCUGUACAUGCGGUGCCGCUCCUACCCCAUGGUGGUGGACCAGCCCGGCGUGUGCCGGGAGCAGCCGUACCUGCUGCUGGCCGUCAAGUCGCUGUCGCCCCACUUCGACCGGCGCCAGGCCAUCCGGGAGUCGUGGGGCCGGGCGGGGCGCCUGGCCAACCGCACGGUCGCCACGGUGUUCCUGCUGGGCAACGCCACCGCCGCGGACCACUUCCCCGACCUGUCGGAGAUGCUGCGCUUCGAGGCGGCGCGCCACGGCGACGUCCUGCAGUGGGACUACCGCGACACCUUCUUCAACCUGACGGUGAAGGAGGUGCUCUUCCUCGACUGGCUGCGGCGGCGCUGCCCGGGCGCCGCCUUCGUCUUCAAGGGCGACGACGACGUCUUCGUCAACACCCGCCGCAUCCUGGAGUUCCUGCGGGGCCUGUCGCCCGCCCGCGCCCGCGACCUGUUCGUGGGCGACGUGAUCACCCGGGCCGGCCCGCACCGCAACAAGAAGCUGAAGUACUUCAUCCCCGAGAGCCUGUUCGUGGGCCAGUACCCGCCCUACGCCGGCGGCGGCGGCUUCCUGUACUCGGGGGACCUGGCGCUGCGCCUGCAGGCGGCCGCCCACAAGGUGGCGCUGUACCCCAUCGACGACGUCUACACGGGCAUGUGCCUGAGGACGCUGGGCUUGGUGCCGGAGAAGCACAAGGGCUUCAGGACCUUCGACAUCGAGGAGAAGUACCGGGCCAACCCCUGCGCCUACAAGAGCCUGAUGCUGGUGCACAGCCGCACGCCGCAGGACAUGAUCAAGAUCUGGGGCUGGCUGGGCGACCCCGCCCUCAGCUGCCAGUGAACGGGCCUCGCUCCUGGGGCCCUGACGCGGCCUCGCUCCUGGGACCCUGACUCGCUCCUGGGGCCCUGACGAGACCUCGCUCCUGGGGCCCUGGCGAGUCCUCGCUCCUGGGGCCCUGACGAGGCCUCGCUCCUGGGGCCCUGACGAGGCCUCGCUCCUGGGGCCCUGACGAGGCCUCGCUCCUGGGGCCCUGACGAGGCCUCGCUCCUGGGGCCCUGACGAGGCCUCGCUCCUGGGGCCCUGACGAGGCCUCGCUCCUGGGGCCCUGACGAGGCCUCGCUCCUGGGGCCCUGACGAGGCCUCGCUCCCACGGCGUUGGGGGGUUGUGCUGCUCUCGUUCCCACCGUCGCGUUAAAAGAACUUCGGUCGUCGCUGUGAACUUUGGCGGAUGUUGCCGCCGGGACAACGAUCUCGGUGGGCUAAAAUGGGCUGAAAGCUAGUAGACCCCCCCCC